GAGCGCUUUGGACUCGAUUUCAAACAUCGACACGGACAUGACGAACGAAUAUUCAGUCACAAGGUGGAAUAUUGACGAAAUGGAGAGGAAAUACCCAAACAAUCCCCUGAUGAGCAGACAUCUCCUCCAUAAAAACGCGAUAUACAAAAUGUGCCAAGUCUAUGACACGCUAAACAGAUCAUUCAAGGACAUUCUAAUCGUAGACACGUGCAGGACGCUGCAGAUUGACAUUGACGAGUACAAAACGUCCUCCCUCAACCUACUCACACACCUCCCCAAGCCGUACGAAAUGAGUACGAUGGAUUCGAGCCCAAAUUUGUGGUCUGACCUGUUUCACACGGAAGUCUCGAUGCUCUGCAACACCAAGCUACUCGACGAGAGCAUUGAAAUUGCGAAUAAACUCAAGAAGUGGGCGCUCAAAAUGGUCAAGAAUGGAAUGACAGUUGAAGAUACAAUGCACUCGAGCGUAGAUUCAUUCGACGGGCCCAUACAUGACAUCAACUGCAUAGAGACGAUGGAGUUUACAAUCGCACAUGUGCUCAACAAUGUCUACGUUUACAACGCAAGACUUUCAGACGCACCAAGGGAGCAGCGAGAGUAUUACGACUACGUAACUAGAAGCCUAUUCUACAUUAAAGAAGAACAACUGCUUACGAGGGUGGAUGCUGUGGAGAAGGAACGUGGAAAUGUCCUACUCUUUCUCAGACAAUUGAGCAAAAUCUUUGACAUUGACAAGUGUACACACAACCUUGCCAUUCUAUACUUUGACACAUACAUUACAAGAUCAAUCAACGAAGGGUCAAUAACGGCCCUAGAGUUAGACUACAAAACGUUACUAAAAAUCGCAACAGCAGCCUAUCUACUAGCAGCUGCAUUGAGGGAGCAUUGGAUCGAUAUUUCCAGAGAUACGUAUCUGGAACACGCUGUAAACAGAUCUCUCAACGCAUUCCAGGCCCAUGAUGUCGUAAUGGUUCAGUUGGACAUUCUGCAAACUAUGCCAAAGGGAUUUACAAACAUCUAUGUCACUAUGGAAUAUGGUCUAUUCUACCUUGCUAACAUUAGAGGAGCAGCAAACUGGCCACAAGAAUCUGGAGAUUCGUCAUCAAGCGUAUAUGGGCUCUCAAAUACACGUUCUAUAGACACAGAAUACUUGGAUACACCCACUUUUGAUGUCGACAAUACAGGAUGUCUAGACUACCUUCUCCUCAACACAGCCUUUUCAUACAUUGUAGAAAACGGAUCAUUCAUCUGGCUCUACCAGUGUUUAAGCAGAUGGGAUGAUGUGUAUAUCGCUAAAAACUGGAACAGGUUUACUCCGCCAAGCCGAGCCGCUGCGGUGCUCAUAUUCCACCUCUUUGUCAACUUUUACAAUAUAGACCCAGAGGUGCAUCUUGAGUGGUGUAGAAGGUUCUCAUUCAAGAUAUUUAGAAUGUAUUACGACUGUGACCUGGCACUCUGGUACAAGGUAUUUAAGGACAGGAUUGCCAUUUUCCUCAGAAAUAUUGAACAAUCAUCACAACGAUUGCAUGAAAUGGCAACCCUCUUUAAGUUGGCAUCACACAAAUUCAGAGCUGCAGAAGCACUCUUGUAUGUAUUUUGGACAAGGAGCAUAUUGCCCAUCUGGGAGUUUGGAUAUCAACUCCAAGAUCUCGAUCUGGAAGGAGCAAAAAAUAAACUCUCAAAUAUCAUGGACAUAAUAAUUGAAACUUGA